CUGCUGUGGAUGGAGAAUGUAACAAUGGCAGCUCCUCUCCAACAGCCUAUCGUGUUCGAGCUGGAGGGCUUCCACAUACCACCCGGCUACGGCUCUUCCCUGUUUAUCCUGGCUCUGUUUAACUUCAUGGUAAUCCUGUUGGGGAAUGGCGUGGUGGCGUGUAUCAUUGUCAUAGACAAGAGCCUGCACAGACCCAUGUUUAUAAUGCUUUUCAACCUGGUGGCAUGUGAUCUGCUGGGGGCCACGGCAGUGCUGCCUCGCCUCAUGAUGCACUUCUUGAUGGGGCAUAAGAAGAUCGCCUACAUCCCGGCCCUCAUCCAGGCCUUCUCUGUGCACACGUAUGGCGUUGCAGUGCAGACUAUACUGGGUGCGAUGGCCUAUGACAGAUAUGUUGCUGUGUGCGAACCACUCCGGUAUCACACCAUCAUGACCUCAGCUCGACUGCAGUCUUGCUGCACCCUGGCCUGGGUCGUGGCUCUGCUGUGUAUCUCCGUGCUCUUUGCCUUUCACAUGAACGUCCCAUUGUGUGGCAACGUCAUCCAACACGUCUACUGCAGCAAUCGAGCUAUACUGAACCUGGCCUGCUGUCCCACCACCAUAAAUAAUAUCUACGGUCUUGCCAUGACCUGGUCCGUGAAAUCAGUUAUCUGGCUGAUCACUGCCUUUUCUUACUUCAGAAUCCUGCUUGCUUCCAUAAAACAAGGCAGUGCUGACAGCAUCAUCCGCAGCAAGGCCUUUCAGACGUGCACACCGCACCUUAUUGUGUACGUGUUGUCUGAAAUAGCUGCAAUGGUCAUAAUUUUGAGUCAGAGGUUCCCCUCAGUGUCCCCAAACAUCAAGAAGUUCUUCAGCAUCCUGUUCAUCAUCGUUCCACCAACCAUAAACCCCAUUAUCUACGGACUGGUCAGUAAAGAGCUACGUGUUAGCAUCAUCAAGCAUUGUAGCUUACAAGUCCGUCACAAAUCAUAA